GGGGCUGCUCUGUGCUCACUUGGCUGUGUCUUGCUGGGUGACUUGUGGAGAGGAGAGGAGUGGGAGAGAGAGAAAGAGAGAGAGGGGAGAAAGAACAGCAGCAGCAGCAGCAGCAGCGGGGCAAGCCACCAGCCUCCAGCCUCCAGCACAGAAACACAGAAAUAAAGGCGAACUCAGCUUGUAAUCUUACACGCAAUAAUACUACUAUAUUGACGACAUGAUAGUUCGCACAGAGCCACCGUUCCGGGGAUUUCGGCGAUAAAGGCUGGACUCUUAACUCUGGAAACUCAAGAAGAAAACAACAACAACACUGGAGAGAGAAAGACAAAACAGUAACAAUAAAACAACACAGGAGGGUGACACCAAAAACAACAGGACAUAUUGGUGAAUUUAAACUCUAUUUGCAACCUUUUAAAUGUUAGUUUUCUGUGUGAACUUUAAACUCAGGAAAACAAUGAAGACAUAGCGAGAGAAAGAAACUCCAUCAAGUGUCUCGCUAGCCGUUAGCUAUCUGAAGCUAACGCUAAGCUAAGUUAGCUCGUCGGCUAACGUUAGCUGGCUCGAGCUAAGACGCGUUUUUCUUGGGAGAAACUUUUUGGUGUUGUUUUCUUAGAGCUCAAAAACGCUGAAGGAGUAUUGUAAAGACAGAGGGGUAAGGGCUCUGGCUCUUCUGGACUUUAUCCCCUCUAUAUAUCCUCCUUUAAUAUGAUGGCUACGGAGGUCAGCAGUGAGGAGACGGGCUCGGUCACCGGGGUGGCAGGCGGAGGAGGAGGAGGAGGCCCGGAGACGACGGCCCCUUUUCCUUACUAUCCCAAGCCGAGCAGAGUGAGAGGAGUCGCUGAUUUGGGAGCACCACUAGCACCAGCUCUCCGCCAAAACUCAAACACCUUUCCGGACCCACUUCCCGACAUGAGUGUGAUUUAUGGUGGUGGUGGUGGUGGUGGUGGUGGGGAUUUGACUGGACCAGGGCUUUCCGCAACAACAACAGGGAGUGGCGGUGGAGGUGGAGGAGGUGGUGUUGGUGGACAUGCAGUUUUACAAGGAUCCAGCUCCAGCUCAGGGACUGUGUGCUGCUCUCCCACAUCGGAGGGUCCAGCUAGUCGGGUUUCACCCACAUCAUCAACAACAACAGGCCCGGACGGAGCCAGUGACUUACUACCCUCACUGCCACCACCUCCUCCUCCGCCUCCAGGCUCUCUGGUGCCCGGUGGCACUAUGGAUGAAAGCGACCUGCAGGAUGGACCUGAGUACGAGGAAGAAGAGGUGAUGUUCCCUCUCUCUGCACCUCCAUCAAACCAGUGGUACCAUGGCAAGCUAGACCGAACCAUUGCUGAGGAGCGGCUGCGCCAGGCCCGGAACCCUGGCAGCUACCUCAUCAGGGAGAGUGACCGCCGGCCCGGUUCCUUUGUCCUGUCUUUCCUCAGUGUGACCAACGUGGUCAACCAUUUCAGGAUAAUUGCCAUGUGUGGGGACUAUUACAUUGGCGGGCGGCGGUUCUCUUCUCUAUCAGACCUGAUUGGUUACUACAGCUAUGUGUCUUGCCUGCUAAAAGGAGAGAAACUGCUAUCGCCAGUGGCGCCCCCAGAGCCUGUAGAAGACAGGAGGAGAGUCAGGGCCAUACUUCCAUACACCAAAGUGCCAGAUACUGAUGAGAUCAGCUUCCUGAAAGGGGACAUGUUUAUUGUUCACAAUGAACUGGAUGACGGCUGGAUGUGGGUGACCAAUGUUCGCACAGAGGAGCAGGGCCUCAUUGUGGAGGAUCUGGUGGAGGAGGUGGGGCGGGAGGAGGAUCCACAUGAGGGAAAAGCCUGGUAUCACGGAAAGAUCACCAAGCAAGAGGCCUACAACCUGCUGAUGACAGUUGGCCAGGUGUGCAGUUUUCUAGUCCGACCAUCAGACAACACACCUGGGGACUACUCCCUCUUUUUUCGCACCAAUGAAAACAUCCAAAGGUUUAAGAUCUCCCCCACCCCCAACAAUCAGUACAUGAUGGGAGGGAGGUACUACAACAGUGUUGAUGACAUCAUCGACCAUUACAAGAAAGAGCAGAUUGUCGAGGGCUACAACCUGAAAGAGCCAGUUUCAGUACAGAACCAGGAACAAGUUCUUUCUGACACAGUGGAUGGGCGAGAAAUUUAUAACACUAUCAGACGGAAAACAAAAGACGCUUUCUACAAAAACAUUGUCAAAAAAGGCUACCUCCAGUUCAACAAAGGCAAAGGCAAACGAUGGAAGAACCUUUACUUCAUCCUGGAGGGUAACGAUGCUCAGCUCAUCUACUUUGAGAGCGAGAAGAGAGCCACCAAACCCAAAGGGCUGAUCGACCUAAGUGUGUGCUCCGUGUAUGGUGUGCAUGACAGUCUGUUUGGCAGGCCACACUGUUUCCAGAUUGUUGUCCAGCACUUUAGUGAGGAACAGUACAUAUUCUACUUUGCGGGGGAAGCUCCAGAGCAUGCACAGGAUUGGAUGAAAUGCCUUCAAACUUUCUGCAGUAACUUAAGGAAAACCACUCAGCCGACCACCAACAAGAGGCUUAGACAGGUGAGCAGCUUGGUGUUGUAUGUGGAGGAGGCCCACAAGCUGCCAGUGAAGUAUUUCGCCAGCCCGUACUGUAACAUCUACUUGAACAGCGUCCAGGUGGCUAAAACGCACCCUAGAGAGGGGCAGAACCCCGUCUUCACAGAGGAGUUCAUCUUCGAUGACUUGUCGAGUGAAAUCAACAGAUUUGAAAUCAGCCUGAGCAACAAAACGAAAAAGAGCAAAGAAAGUGACAUCUUGUUCAUGCGCUGCCAGCUGAACCGUCUGCAGAAGGGCCAGAUGAUUGAUGAGUGGUUCCCUCUCAGCUCCCACGUGCCUCUGAAGGGCAUUGAGCCGGGCUCUUUACGUGUACGAGCCCGCUACUCCAUGGAGAAGAUCAUGCCCGAAGAGGAGUACAGCGAGUUCAAAGAGAUGAUCUUGCAGAAAGAGUUCCACGUCAUCUACGCUCUGGCCCACGUGUGCGGUCAGGACCGCACCUUAUUGGCAAGCCUCCUUCUGCGGAUCUUCAGACACGAGAAGGCUGAAGCGCCUCUACUCAGGACACUCAAUGACAGAGAGAUUAGCGUGGAGGAUGAAGCCACAACGUUGUUCAGAGCGACCACGCUGGCCAGCACACUGAUGGAGCAGUACAUGAAGGCCACAGCCACGCCAUUUGUCCACCACGCUCUCAAAGAUACCAUCCUCAAGAUCAUGGAAAGCAAACAGUCCUGCGAGCUGAACCCUUCCAAACUGGAAAAGAAUGAGGAUGUGAACCUGAACCUGGCUCAUCUCCUCAACAUCCUGUCUGAGCUGGUGGAGAAGAUCUUCAUGGCUGCUGAGAUCCUACCACCGACACUGAGGUUCAUCUAUGGCUGUCUGCAGAAGUCUGUGCAGCAGAAAUGGCCCACCAACACCACCAUGCGGACGAGAGUUGUAAGUGGCUUUGUCUUUCUAAGACUGAUCUGUCCUGCCAUCCUCAACCCCAGACUGUUCAACAUCAUUGCUGACCCUCCAUCUACAGCAGCAGGCAGGACCCUCACACUGGUGGCUAAGUCUGUCCAGAACCUGGCCAACCUGGUUGAAUUUGGUGCUAAGGAACCCUACAUGGAGGGUGUGAACCCUUUCAUCAAAAACAACAAACACAGGAUGAUCAUGUUUCUGGAUGAGUUGGGGAACGUCCCCGACCUCCCUGAAGCCACAGAGCACUUUAGGACGGACCUGUCUCGGGACCUGGCUGCGCUGCACGAGGUCUGUGCCACACACUCAGACGAGCUCCGGACGCUGAGCAACGAGAAGGGAGCCCAGCAGCAUGUGUUGAAAAAGCUGCUGGCCAUCACAGAGCUCCUACAGCAGAAGCAGGCUCAGUAUGCCAUGUCCAACAGCAACAGGACAGAGUGCACCAUCAUGUCACUGGCUGCUGCCAUCCAGGUAAUGUGAGUUUUACAGAUGUUCUGCCUGAGAAUCACAGUGUGGUAGUUCAGACCGCACAACCAGCCAGCCAAAGUGAGGCCUCAUCCCAUAUGAGGUGAGGUGCCCCGACCGACCGAAGACUUAAGUCAGUUUGUAUUUAUAAGCAUGUGGCCUAGAUUCCUGGCAGUUCUAACGCAAUAUGGCUGUUCUCCACGGGGGGGGGGGAAACCACUUGCUGCAUAUCUGAAUACUGUCCUUCCAAAGCCCUUCCCCAAAAUGCUUCAGACACCGACAGUGUGUUGAACUGAUUUAAAAAUUUGACAAGAAGCCUUGUCGCAUGAGACCUUUCUGAAGAGAUGAUUUCUCUGAAGAUGGACCUGAGAUACAGUCAAUACUGCAGAAAUGUCUGAACUUCUUCUUCUAUCCUGGUAUGCCUGUCACUCUCCCUCAAGUUUGACUGCUUAUGGUUGACAUGGAAACCGCUCCUUUUCCUUGGACAAAACUUGCGAGGAUUACCCGGGGGGGAGGCAAUCCAAAGCAUUGAAGUAGCGUUUUUCUGCCGUCAUCAGGGAAUUUUAAAACACAGCACCUCUCUCUCUCCAAGAUGACACAAGCCUUAACUCCCUUUCUACACACACACCAUCCGCAUCGCCCGCAUCACCCCUGAUUUUAUGACAAAGCUCUUCCUUCAAAAACCUUUAACGACUUCCACCGUCUUUUGUGUAUGAACUGCCGCGCAGCACCGGAAACCACAUUUUUUAUAUAUGCUGCUUUGUUUGUUGAUAUUAUAUACUUAGGCUUGUAUAGAAGUAAAAAGGUGUUUGUGUAUGAUCUAGCUGAACAAAAGCUGAAUGGUAGUCUAAGAGUUUGUAGGAUAUCUGUAACCUGUCCUGUGCAUGUGUUAACCCUGAAUGGAUCCUGCUAUAGUGUGUGGGCCUACAUACAUAUAUGCUGCUCUAACAAACAUCACCUGAACGCCCUCUUAAGCCUUUUGGGGGGUGUGAACAAAAGCUUUCAUGCAUUUGCAGUCUCUCUCUCCACCGCCAUCACAGGUGGUGUUUCAGUACACCUCUGCACCGACUAUUUUCAUAUAGAUUCAUCCUGAGAAGUCAUGCCACGCACAGAUUUAUCAACUUCAAAGUCAUAAAAGGGUCGGCCCUGUGUGCCUCCUGAUGACUCGAGCAGCCGCAGAGUCUGAAUCUGUGCCUGUCAUAGCUCAAGAGUUUACCAAACUGUUUACUGUAGUUGCACUUAAAGAUACCACGGACCUCACCGACCUCACCAAGUGUUAAAACAGACCGCUGGGCGACAGGUAAAAAUGAUUUACGAAUGAGCCUAAAGAGUCUCCUCAUCAGCGAUACCAAUAUCAGCUGUGCUACAUGGUAUGGAUGAUGUAGGAUGUAGGAAUGUGGCGUGCUGUUGUACUUCCUUUCUGUAUUUCAUACAGCUGAUGAUGUGUUCCUUUUUAUUUUUCUACCUGAUACUGAACCUUGAAACCUUUUGCAUCUUAGAUACGACAACCUGGCUAAAAUAAAAACUGUUACUACGUAUGACAACGGAAAACUUGAGUUGCUUACUUGGGGGUGGUGUGGGGAAUAGAAAUGACAUCUGUGAUUGCAAAAGCAUGUACAUACCAGCUCCAGUGCAUGACACUUCGGUACUUUUUUGUAUUGCAACAUUAUUAAAUGUUGAAACUAAAAAA